GGUCCAGCGUCUGUCAUCCGCAGACACACGCUCACAGGCGGGCAGGCAGGGCUGUGCAUCAGAGGGGGAAGAACCGGGCGUCUUCUGACGGUGGAAGUAUCCGAGCAGCAGGAGCCCAGGGGCGGCCGGUGGGUGGAGGCAGAGAGUCCGCAGCACUAACCCACAGCCUCUUUGACAACCCGCGAGAGGAAGGAGCCGCCCGCGCCGAGCGACGUCCACGGUAAGGAGCUGCCUGAAGGCCAGGACCUCGACGGGUGAGAGAAGCAGACAACAGAGGGAACGAACAGACUGACUAUGGCGUCCAUAGCGGAAUACUACGCCGGCAAGAACGUCCUGAUCACGGGGGCCACGGGCUUCAUGGGAAAAGUGCUGGUGGAGAAGCUGCUGAGGUCGUGCCCCGAGGUCAAAGCCCUCUACAUCCUGGUCAGACCCAAAGCCGGGCAGUCCAUGCAGCAGAGGGUCAGCGACAUGAUGAAGUGCAAACUUUUCGACCGCGUGCGGGAGGACAACCCCGACUUCCACCAGAAAAUCAUCCCCAUCAGCAGCGAGCUGGUGCAGCCGGGCCUCGCCAUCAGCCCGGAGGACGUGGAGAAGCUCAGCGCCUGCAUCCACAUCGUCUUCCACUGCGCCGCCACCAUCCGCUUCGACGAGCCGCUCAAACACGCCCUGCAGCUGAAUGUAAUCGCCACGCAGCAGCUCCUCAGCCUGGCCCACCAGAUGCACCACCUCGAGGCCUUCAUUCACAUCUCCACCGCCUAUGCAAACUGCAACCGCAAGCACAUCGAUGAGGUCAUCUACCCGCCGCCCGUCGAACCCAAGAAGCUGAUCGAGUCCCUCGAGUGGAUGGAUGACAGCAUGGUGCGGGACAUCACGCCGCGCCUCAUCGGCGACCGGCCCAACACCUACACCUACACCAAAGCCCUGGCCGAGUACGUGGUGCAGCAGGAGCAGGACAAGCUCAACAUCGGCAUCAUCAGACCCUCCAUAGUGGGAGCCAGCUGGCAGGAGCCGUUCUCUGGUUGGAUCGACAACUUCAACGGGCCGAGCGGAGUCUUUAUAGCUGCCGGUAAGGGAAUCCUGCGCACCAUGAGAGCCAACAACGAUGCGGUGGCUGAUCUGAUCCCCGUGGACGUGGUCAUCAACCUCACUCUGGCUGCCGGCUGGUACACGGCUGUACACAGAAGGACAGCAGAAAAACAGAACAAUCAAAGACCUAAAACAGCUCUGGUGUACAACUGCACGACCGGCGGCAUCAACCCGUUCCACUGGGGAGAGAUCGAGCACCACGUGAUGUCGUCCUUCAAGAGGAACCCUCUGGAGCAGGCCUUCCGCCGGCCCAACGCCAACAUCACCUCCAACUACCUGAUCAACCAGUACUGGAUCCUGGUCAGCCACAAGUUCCCCGCCCUCCUCUACGACCUGUUCCUGCGACUCACCGGACAGAAGCCACAGAUGAUGCGCAUCUUUAAUCGUCUGCACAAGGCCAUCGGCCUGUUAGAGUAUUUCAGCAGCCAGGACUGGGAGUGGAACUCGGAGAACAUGAGCAUGUUGAUGAAUCAGCUCACACCAGAGGACAAGAAGACGUUUAACUUUGACGUGCGUCAGCUGAACUGGCCCGAGUACAUCGAGAACUACUGCAUCGGCACUAAGAAGUACGUCCUGAACGAAGACAUGUCCGACAUUCCUGCUGCCCGGCAGCAUCUGAGGAAACUGAGGAACAUCCGCUACACCUUCAACACUCUGCUGGUCGUCUUCAUCUGGAGGGUGUUCAUCGCCCGCUCGCAGAUGGCCCGAAACAUCUGGUACUUUGUGAGGACGGUGAACCAAACUGUCUGCAGCAACGCCUGUAUGAACUGGUUUCGUCAGAAUUGUUGUCACGGAGCUACAGGGCUAUUGUAACGGCGGCGGCAUUGUCAUGGAGCGUCAGGAAACCCGAGGGCAGGAGCUAGUUUACCGUAUGUUAACAAAACAGCAACACAUAAUCAAUAACGUCAUGUUCUUCUUUCUGGUGUCAUUUUGCAACAUGUCUGACCACCUGUGUUCCCGGCUCAGACAUCACGUCAUUCAAGUCUGCUUGGCAAAACUGAAAUAAAAAACAAGAGAAAAAGAAA